UCUAACAAUUUUAUUGUUGGCAACACCGAACCCUAAUUCAAAACAAAAUUGAAAUUGAAAUUUAAAAAUCAAAAUAAACAGUCUAGUUUUGUAUUAUUGUAUUAUUUAUUUUCGAAUAAAGCUACUAACAAACAUAUAUCAGUACAGAUGCAAAAUAUUCAGCCUCCCGUUGGUGAUACCGUUUUAGGGUUAGAGUUGUACUUUCCUGACAGAGCAGGAGAUGUAAAUAAAAUUAAGCAGAACACAAAAGCUUUCACUUCCCAUAUAUUACGAAGCCAACAGUUUUACCAGUUACCACAAAUUAAGAAGGAAAAGUAUUUCCCUUUGGAUUAUAAAUACUUAAUGCUAGAUGACCAGUUUUGCAGUGAAUGGCCAGCGUUUGCUGAAGACUUAGUCAAUAACACCGAAUUCACUUUAAACUGCAUUAAUUUGGCUAUGUAUCAGCAUUUGAACAUUGUUGAUCAGAAUGUUAUGAAAAAGGAAAUAAGGUGUAGACUUAUAAAUUAUGAACCUAUACAAUUUAUUAAAGAGGUCAAUGUGACUUAUCUCGGUAAGUUAGUUUCUUUAAGAGGCACAGUCAUAAAAGUAAGCCCAGUUGAGCUAGUAUGUGACUACAUGACAUUUCACUGCAAUGCCUGUGAUACUACCCAAGUCUUGAAACAGAAGGAUAAAUGUUUCACACCACUCGAGAAAUGUCAAAACUGUAAACUAGUAAAGAAGUUUGAGCCAUUAUAUGAUUCUCCCGGUACAAAGACUGUUGAUAUACAAAAUGUUGUUUUGCAAGAGAUUGAUGGUGACGUUUCGAAAAUCCCACAAAGUUUAAAAUGUGAAUUGACUGAUGAUUUAGUUAAAACAUGUAUUUGUGGUGAUGAUAUAACUAUCACAGGUAUCAUUAAGGUCGUAGACCCGAAUGGCAAUAAAGGCAAAAACAAGCAAAACUCAGUUUUUAAUUUAUAUUUACAAGCAGUGGCAGUGUACAAUAAUAACAAUGAAAGCAGCAACAGCCCAUAUGCGAAAAUCAUUUUUACACCUGAAGAUUAUUCAGCUAUUCAGAAAAUUCAUGCUCAACCAAACUUGUUUCGUUAUUUGGUUCAGUCUCUGUGUCCAACUAUUUUUGGACAUGAGUUAGUUAAAGCUGGGUUACUUUUAGGGUUGUUUGGUGGUACCAAACAGCCUACCACUAGAUCAGAAUCACAUAUACUUAUGGUUGGCGAUCCUGGACUUGGAAAAAGCCAAAUGUUAAAAAGCUGUUCGAAUGUGUCUCCAAGAGGUGUGUAUGUUUGUGGUAAUGUAAGUACAACAUCUGGUUUAACAGUGACAAUGGCGAGAGAAGGAGGUGGGGAAUAUUCACUUGAAGCAGGUGCAUUAGUAAUAGCGGAUCAAGGGUGCUGUUGCAUAGACGAGUUUGAUAAGAUGCCGACACAACAUGCUUGCCUACUAGAAGCUAUGGAACAGCAAACAAUAAGUAUAGCUAAAGGAGGAGUUGUGUGUUCUCUACCCACCAAAACUACAAUCUUAGCAGCAGCCAAUCCUGUCGGUGGCCAUUAUGAUAAGUCUAAAACCGUGGCCGAAAAUUUGAAAAUUAACUCUCCGAUGCUCUCCCGCUUUGAUUUAAUCUUUAUUAUACUAGAUCAACCCAAUCAGCAAUUAGAUAAAUAUUUGACCAAACAUAUACUGACCGCUCAUUCGGCUAAAAAGAGGAAGUUUACUCCAAAAGAGUUUCAUUUCGAUCCAGAUGGGGAUGAUGAAAAUGAAGUUAAUAGUCUUAAACAAAGAUUAAAACUUAAUGGCGAGUCCUUGGAUUAUAUACCGCAUAAAAUUUUUCGCAAAUAUCUUGCGUUUGCUCAGAAGAGUAUUAAUCCGCAACUAUCAAGAAAAGCCAAAGAGACUCUAAUAGAGUUUUAUGUCAGUUUAAGGAAACAGUUCUCGGUGGGAGAUUCUACUCCAGUGACGGCCCGGCAGCUGCAUUCUUUGAUACGAUUGACACAGGCGAGAGCGAAAGCGGAACUACGCGAAGAAGCUACUGAAGCCGAUGUAAACGACGUGAUUGAAAUUAUGAAAUUCAGUUUGGAAAGCAUCUUUACUGACAGUGCUGGACAGUUAGAUCGUACUAGAUCUCAAAUGGGAACAGGAAUGAGCAAUAAAGAUAAAAUAAUAAAAAUGCUAGAAAUACUCCAACGCAGGUCCGAAAUCGAAUCAAAAUCACUAUUUAGUCUUCAGGAUAUCAAAGAAGCCGGCGACUCAGUGGGCUUAGCAAAAAACAAGUUCAAUAACGCACUACAGUCUUUAAAUAUUCAAGGGUUUUUAUUAAGUAAGGGUAGGAAUAAUUAUCAAUUAAAUUCUGCCUACUUAUAAGCCCAAAACAUGUGAUAUUUAACAAACACUAUUUUUGUACAUUAAUAAUAAACAUAAAGUAAUAAAAGCAA